AUGAAGCAAUUAUGGUUAGCUUUCUUUCUACUUGUGGCUUUUGUGAAUUCAAAACCAGUUAGCGUGAUGCUCAGCAAGUACAUGAAUAUGAGCUGGGAAUUCAUUGACGAUGAAGUUUAUAUGAACUUUCAAGUAAAUUUUAUUUAGUGCGCAGCUGGUUGGUGUGGGAUAGGCUUUGCAAGAACUAUGUUUGGCUGUGAUUACAUAAUAAUACGAGCAGACAACCAAAAUCCACUUGAACUAUGAGAUCAAUAUUCAGGAACCCACUUAACUCCUCCUAAUGAUGAAGACCUUGGAGGUAAAAAUGACUUGGUCUAUGUAAGUGGAGGUUUCAUUCCUACCACAAAUAACACGUCUGUCCGUUCCAGCGGGAUAAUUGAUGUGACUUUCAAAAGAAAACAAAAUACAGGCGAUAAAUUUGAUGCAGUUUUAUAUCCAGGAAUUACAUAUGAAACUAAUUUUGCUUAUCGAUUUGAAGAUUCCGAAUAUGUUCAGCCUGAUUACUUUGGUAUUUUUUAUAUAGAAUGUACGAAAUUAACAUUUUCAGUAGCCCAAGAUGGCUUCAAACAAUCUCCGCUGUCACAUACAACACAUAAUAUGGAACAUCAUGGGUUUACAGUUUCCUUUUUUUGGGUCGUUUCUCUACCUUUAGCCGUUUUAGUAGCCCGAUACUGUAAGCAAUAUUGGUGGUGGUAUUAUGUGCAUUUAAUAUUAGCAGGAAGCACAGUAUUCGCGACCUUAAUUGCAUCAGCUGAAGCAUUUAAAUUCCAUGAACAAGCCUUUACAACUUAUGAUAAAAUAAACAGAUUUCACUCAAGGCUAGGCUUUUCAUUAGCUUCUUUAGUAGUCGUGCAAGGCUUGACUGGGGUUUUAUUGAGAUUUUUUCAAAACUAUACUAAGAAUUUUGGAAUGACAAGGCAAGCAAGAAGGGUCCAUAGGGUCGUUGGAUAUUCAAUGCUUAUGGUAGGACUUAUCAAUUGCCAUUAUGGCUGGGAGCUUUAUGAUGAUAUGAUACUAUUUCCCUACUGGGCAAUGAUUUCUGUUAUUGUGUUUGGAUAUCUUAUGUUUGAAUUCAGAUACCAGUUUAGCCAUUAUUUUAAGAUUUUUGCGCAGCCGAAAUGGAAUCUUCCAGUCAUGACACAUCAAGAAGCAAUAAAACUAAUAAAAGAAGAUAAGCAAGAACUUAUGUUUAUCGAUGAAUUUGUCAUUGAUAUAAAAAAAUUUAAAUCCUCCCAUCCAGCUGGUUCCUAUUUAUUAACAGCUUCAAUAGGUCAAGAUGCCGGUAAGUUUAUAGCUGGUUGCACCAGCUUUGAUGGCUGAAUGAUGCCAUACAAGCACUCAAGACAUGCACUUACUAUUGCCCGAUCUCUUGCUAUCGCUGAAAUUCCAUACCCUCAAAACUUCUUACUAACCUCAAAAUCCUCACAAAAUGAAAGCCAAGAAUACAUGAAAUGGACAGUCACUCAAAAAGAAUUGGUCUCACAAGGAAUGUAUUUAUUAGAGCUUAGUUCUGAUUAUUAUAAAAUGAAUACCGUUUGUCAAUCUCUGUCAAAUAUCGGAAAGCAUUUUAGGGUUACAGGGCUACAUAAAGGAGAAGAAAUAUUUAAAUAUUAUAGUGCUAUAUUUUGUAGCUUCAGUGACUGGGCUCAAGAAGCAAAUGAAAAAGGGUUUACUACAAAAAGCUACCCAAAAACAAAGCCUGGGAGUAUACAGUUUGUAAUAAAGUUAUAUGAAAAAGGAAAAAUGUCCCAGUUUAUGUAUAGUCAAAACAUAGGUAGCCAAAUUAUAUUAAAAGGGCCAUUAGGCACUGGAUUAUGUUUAUCUCAAUUAAAAGGACACUAUUUAGCAUUUGCAGGGGGCACUGGAAUAAUUCCGUUUUUAGAUUUAGUUUAUUAUAUAUGAAAAGACGCCAUAACAAAUCAAGACUAUUUUGCUCCAGCUUCGUCCAAUACACAAAGAGUGAAUCAUUUUUCAUUAAAAAUUUAUAUCGCUUUUAAAAAUGAAGAAGUAGCGUUCGCUCACGACUUAUUUAAAGCUACCUCUGAGCUGGUUGGAGAAAAAGUCUUAAAAGUUUUCUACAAGACCUCUAGCACCGAGAAGUCUCAAGCACCAGUUAUAAUCAAAUCUCUUAUAGAUGACGAAAUAGACCUUGCUUGGAUCUGUGGGCCUUCUGGAUUUGAUCGAUUUGUCCAUGACACCCUUGUCGAGGGGGGACUAGAUAAUCAUAAGAUUAUGAUCCUUUAA